AUGGCCGAUGAACAAGUGAAAGACAUUUUGUACCAAUUUGACAUGGUAGACCUAUCUUUGAAGGAGGAAGAAAAUAGAAGUCAAAGUGACAGGGAGUUUCGCGCUUCUACGAAAGGUGAUUUUUGUAGUAGAGUCUUGAAAAAGACCCAAUUGGGACGUGUUCUACUGGAGAAACAUAAACAAACACCUCGAGUAGCAAAUGAUCGCCAUCAAGUCGCCCUAAAAGUUCUCGAAGCCCUUCUUGAAGAAGACCCCGCUAGGGGCAUAAAGCGGGUUGAAUUUCAGGAUUUAGCUGAGGAAUUAGCUACUCUUUUUCCGGGCACUGAGCCGAACGCAUGGUUCAUUCCAUAUAGGCCCAAGACGGAACAAAUAAAGCAAAGAAAUGCUGGUGGGCCGCUUUACCAUUCGUAUAACUGGUUGAGAAAACAGUUUCGUACUGAAGGGAUAUUAUCCCCAUCAAGCAGGAGCUCUUCCAGUAGAUCAUCGAAACAAGCAGGAACAUCUUUGCAUCAAGUGCAAAAAGACGAUUACCCUCUUGAAGUUCCGGAUAAAUUUUUAGAAGACAUUUCAUUUUUGGAGAGGUCCACCCACCCGUGGAAAGUAGUGGAAGCCUCCUGGAAGAGAACUUUCCAAAUCAGACAAAAAAUUCUGAAGUCGGAAUCGACUUUCGUCCCCUACUUCCAGCGAUUUAAAUCGCUUAAUUGCAAUCAGGGCUAUCGUUUGAUUCUAAACGAUUUUAACGAAUUAUAUUCCUCUGCGGCUUCACCAUCUUUGUUCCAUAACCAGCUGUAUAGUUUAUCGGAAAGGAUCAUAAAAACUUCUGUAGACAAAGUGAAACAUUUAUCUUCGAAAAACGAAAAAAUAUUAUAUGGAGAUAUCUUGGAAAAACUACAAGGUGAACCUGUAAGUGACAGAGAAAGGAAAGAUUUACUCCUUUUAUUGUUUCCUUUAAUCUGUCCUCAUCCCGGCAACGUCAUUAAACAAGUGAACAAGAAGAAAUUUAGCAAAGCGUCAUACGAGGAGAUAAGAAGCACGUUUGCCAAAUUCAUACCCGAAGAGAAAGACCUUCAAGAAACCCUAUGUUUAUUAAGGAAUAGAGCAUUGACUUCUGGUGAGACUAUUCAACCAUUCAUCAUUUAUACAGGUAGCCAAUUAAAUGUAAAAAGUGCUUGGGUUAUUGUGGAUCAAAUAUUUUAUAAAUUUAACUCCUUAUGUGAGGCAGUAGAUUGCACCCUUAAAAUAUUUUUUGCAUUAGAUGCUUGUUAUCCCGCCCCUGCCAAAACAGUUUGGGGGGUACUAGCUAAAAUACUUUUAAACAUCGGAGAAGUAGGCGGAAGCGCAGGUCAGUUUGUUAUUGAUCUACAAACAAAGUUGUCGAAAGUGGUAUCUGAACCUCCUCCUCCUUCUCCUCCGACCUCUGAACCUUCUUCUAUAGCUCCUUCUCAAGUAUCUUAUGCAACUCAUUCUCAACCUACUGUGCUAGAUUCUGAUCCAUUCCUUUCAGUCGUCGAUUCGAGCAUAAGUGAACCAAGAAAUCCACUAUCCCAAAACUUUCUUCCUUUAAGCGAGUCUUUGUUGGAACCACUUUACAAUGAACAUUUAAUGGAUAUUAGUGGUUACAAAGAAUAUAUAGAUCUUUAA